GAGCAGGCCACGAAAGGCCAGGAGCAGGCCACGAAAGGCCAGGAGCAGGCCACGAAAGGCCAGGAGCAGGCCACGAAAGGCCAGGAGCAGGCCACGAAAGGCCAAGAGCAGGCCACGAAAGGCCAGGAGGCCACGAAAGGCCAGGAGCAGGCCACGAAAGGCCAGGACCAGGCCACGAAAGGCCAGGAGCAGGCCACGAAAGGCCAGGAGCAGGCCACGAAAGGCCAGGAGCAGGCCACGAAAGGCCAGGAGCAGGCCACGAAAGGCCAGGAGCAGGCCACGAAAGGCCAGGAGCAGGCCACGAAAGGCCACGAGCAGGCCACGCAAGGCCAGGGAGCCACGACGGCAGAUCAGCCACGUAAGGCAGGAGCAUGGCCAGGAAGGGCCGGAGCAGGCCACGAAAGUCCAGAGCCGGCCCACGAAAGCCAGGAGCAGGCCACGAAAGGCCAGGAGAAGGCCACGAAAGGCCAGGAGCAGGCCACGAAAGGCCAGGAGCAGGCCACGAAAGGCCAGGAGCAGGCCACGAAAGGCCAGGAGCAGGCCACGAAAGGCCAGGAGCAGGCCACGAAAGGCCAGGAGCAGGCCACGGAAGGCCAGGAGCAGGCCACGAAAGGCCAGGAGCAGGCCACGAAAGGCCAGGAGCAGGCCACGAAAGGCCAGGAGCAGGCCACGAAAGGCCAGGAUCAGGCCACGAAAGGCCAGGAGCAGGCCACGAAAGGCCAGGAGCAGGCCACGAAAGGCCAGGAGCAGGCCACGAAAGACCAGGAGCAGGCCACGAAAGGCCAGGAGCAGGCCACGAAAGGCCAGGAGCAGGCCACACGAAAGGCCACGAAAGGUCAAGAGCAGGCCACGAAAGGCCAGGAGCAGGCCACGAAAGGCCAGGAGCAGGCCACGAAAGGCCAGGAGCAGGCCACGAAAGGCCAGGAGCAGGCCACGAAAGGCCAGGAGCAGGCCACGAAAGGAGCAGGCCACGAAAGGCCACAGGAGCAGGCCACGAAAGGCCAGGAGCAGGCCACGAAAGGCCAGGAGCAGGCCACGAAAGGCCAGGAGCAGGCCACGAAAGGCCAGGAGCAGGCCACGAAAGGCCAGGAGCAGGCCGCGAAAGGCCAGGAGCAGGCCACGAAAGGCCAGGAGCAGGCCACGAAAGGCCAGGAGCAGGCCACGAAAGGCCAGGAGCAGGCCACGAAAGGCCAGGAGCAGGCCACGAAAGACCAGGAGCAGGCCACGAAAGGCCAGGAGCAGGUGCGUAUCCUCAAGAAGAAGAAGGCCGGGAGCGGGAACGAAGCCGUGCAGGCUCGCCUGCAUGGUGUCCCAGGUGCGUGGUCUCAGUCGAAGAAGGCGGAGGCAGGGACGAGGCCGGCGCAAUAUGGGGUUCCAGGCGCGUGGUCUCAGCCCGAAGAAGGCGGAGGCGGGGACGAGGCGGGGACGAGGCCGGAGCGCUUAUCCUCGACCAACGUGGAGUCCCAGGUACGCGAUCUCGUCCCGAAGAAGGUGAAGGUGGGGUGCUUGAAGCCAGAAGAAGUCGAGCUUCAAGAGGAGGCGACAACAAGCUCGAAGGACUUACUCUCAGAAUACGUUCUCGGCGCGUGGUCUCAACCUGAAGAAGACAGAGGCGGCGACAAGGCCGGAGUGCCUAUCCUCAAUCAAUAUGGGGUCCCAGGUGCGCGGUCUCAACUUGAAGAGGAUGGAGGCGGGAACCAGGACGGAGGCGAGGAGAGGCCGGAGUGCCUAUCCUCAACCAAGAUAGGGUCCCAGGUGCAUGGUUUCAUCUUGGAGAAAGGAGAAAGGAAGCUCAAGCUGAAGAAGACAGAGGCGUGGAAGCUCAAGAUGAAGAAGGGCAAGGACAAGGUGCGUAUCCUCAAGAAGAAAAAGGCCGGGAGCGGGAACGAAGCCGUGCAGGCUCGCCUGCAUGGUGUCCCAGGUGCGUGGUCUCAGUCGAAGAAGGCGGAGGCAGGGACGAGGCCGGCGCAAUAUGGGGUUCCAGGCGCGUGGUCUCAGCCCGAAGAAGGCGGAGGCGGGGACGAGGCCGGAGCUGGGGUCCCAGGUGCGAAAGCGGAGGCGGGGACGAGGCCGGAGCGCUUAUCCUCGACCAACGUGGAGUCCCAGGUACGCGAUCUCGGCCCGAAGAAGGUGAAGGUGGGGUGCUUGAAGCCAGAAGAAGGCGAGCUUCAAGAGGAGGCGACAACAAGCUCGAAGGACUUACUCUCAGAAUACGUUCUCGGCGCGUGGUCUCAACCUGAAGAAGACAGAGGCGGCGACAAGGUGCGCGGUCUCAACUUGAAGAGGAUGGAGGCGGGAACCAGGCCGGAGCACUUCUCCUCAACCAAUAUCGGGUCCGAGGUGCGUGGUCUCAACUCGAACAGGAAGCUCAAGCUGAAGAAGACAGAGGUGUGGAAGUUCAAGCUGAAGAAGACACAGGCGUGGAAGCUCAAGCUGAAGAAGGGCAAGGACAAGGUGCGUAUCCUCAAGAAGAAGAAGGCCGGGAGCGGGAACGAAGCCGUGCAGGCUCGCCUGCAUGGUGUCCCAGGUACGUGCGUGGUCUCAGUCGAAGAAGGCGGAGGCAGGGACGAGGCCGGAGCACUCAUCCUCAACCAAUAUGGGGUCCCAGGUGCGUGGUCUCAGCCCGAAGAAGGCGACGAGGCCGGAGCGCUUAUCCUCAACCAAUAUGUUCCAGGCGCGUGCUCGGAGGCGGGAGCGCUUAUCCUCAACCAAUAUGGGGUCCCAGGUGCGUGCUCUCGCGGACCAGGCCGGCGCAAUAUGGGGUUCCAGGCGCGUGGUCUCAGCCCGAAGAAGGCGGAGGCGGGGACGAGGCCGGAGCUGGGGUCCCAGGUGCGUGCUCGGCAGGGACGAGGCCGGAGCGCUUAUCCUCAACCAAUAUGGGGUCCCAGGUGCGAAAGCGGAGGCGGGGACGAGGCCGGAGCGCUUAUCCUCGACCAACGUGGAGUCCCAGGUACGCGAUCUCGGCCCGAAGAAGGUGAAGGUGGGGACGAGGGCGGAGCACUUAUCCUCAACCGAUAUGGGGUCCUAGGUGCGCGCCCUACCGCAGCGUGCAUCAGUGCCAGGUGCUUGAAGCCAGAAGAAGGCGAGCUUCAAGAGGAGGCGACAACAGGCUCGAAGGACUUACUCUCAGAAUACGUUCUCGGCGCGUGGUCUCAACCUGAAGAAGACGGAGGCGGCGACAAGGCCGGAUCGCCUAUCCUCAACUGUCAUGGGUUCCCAGGUUCGUGGUCUGGAGAGAACAGAAGCCGAGACCAGGCCGGAGUGCCUAUCCUCAAGCAAUAUGGGGUCCCAGGUGCGCGGUCUCAACUUGAAGAGGAUGGAGGCGGGAACCAGGCCGGAGCACUUGUCCUCAACCAAUAUCGGGUCCGAGGUGCGUGGUCUCAACUCGAACAGGACGGAGGCGAGGAGAGGCCGGAGUACCUAUGCAAGGACAAGGCUGGGAGGGCCCAUCCUCAACCAACAUGGGGUUCCGAGGUGCGGAAGUUCAAGCUGAAGAAGACACAGGUGUGGAAGUUCAAGCUGAAGAAGACAGAG